AUGCAGUCCUCCCCUUCGACGCUGGGGCCCGGGCGCGCAGCAGACACCUGCCAGGCUCCGCCUGGACCGGAGCGUCCUCCCGCGGCCAGGGCUCGGGCAGUUGCUUCCAGCCUGGGACCGGCCUCGGCCUCCGGCAGAGUGCCCCGGGGCCUGGACAUGAGUGCCCAGGAGACCCCACAGGGUCGAAGAUUCCCCAUUGAGGCCGGAGACUCCCCUGGCCUUGCCUCCGCCCCCGAGUCCCAGGAUAGCCCGGAGCCUGUAGCUACGGAUCAAAACCCUGUCAGGCCGCUCCGACGCUGCCCGGGCUGCCACUGUCUGACGCUGCUGCACGUGCCCAUCGACGUCUACCUGGCCAUGGGCGGGAGCCCCCGGGCCCGUGCUACCUGAGUGCGCCUGCGCACGGCAGCUCUGCAGGAGCCGGGACGGACGAGGCCAGCCGCGGGCCACCACGCUGAGGUCGCACGCGCCGAGCACGAGACAAUGAUGCACAUUUUAAAAUAAAAGAAUGAUGCACAUUUUAAUAAAGCACAGCAUAAACUGUUCUUUCCACUCCGGGCUGGCCGUGUAUGUGUAUCCGUCGGAUCAUCGGGCCCACCGGCUUCUCUGACCCAGCCAGUAUCAGAUCUCUCCUAUCCCUUGGGCCACCUCCUCUCUUGGACCAGCCCUCCACCCGCCUCCACUUCCCUGCCCACCUUCCUCUAGGAGGUUGUCACCCUCUUUCUGGCGGUUACUACCCUUUCCCUGCAGAAAUCUCCGGUUGUCAGUCUCCCCGGUCUUGGGUUCACCAAUGACAUCUUCGUUUCUCU